UUCGCCCCACGUCUCCGCCCCUUCCGGUGCGGCCAGCAAAUGAACGGCGCCCUGCGCCUGUUAAGAGUGUUGUGUCGCGUCGACUAGCCUUAGGGCUGUCAUGGCGGUCGACGGGGUAGUUGCUGCGUUUUUCCUGGUCCUCUGCACUGUUGCUAGCACUGCGUGGGGCUGGGACCAAGAAGGGGUCCUGCUGCGGGACGUGCAGGUUCUCACUCUGCACCGGGGCCGCUACACCACGGCUCGGCGAACGGCUGCAGUCCCUCAGCUUCAGUGCACUGGAGGCAGCGCUGGGUGCUCCCAUAUUCCUGAGGUCGUUCAGUGCUACAACAGAGGCUGGGAUGGCUACGACGUGCAGUGGCAGUGCAAAGCAGACUUGGAAAACACUGUUCGUUUUGGACAAAUUGAAGUGAGCUGUGAAGGCUAUAAUUAUCCGGAUGAUCCUCACAUCUUGAGAGGGUCCUGCAGUUUGCUGUUCAGGUUAGAGCUGACUAAGGAAGGUGAAUGGAAAGCAAAGAACUCUGGAAGCUUUGGUUCUGGCUAUUAUCAGUCAACAAAGGAUUCUUCUGAUUCUGGUGCUGGAACAAUUUUUGUAAUCGUUCUUCUGAUUCUUGCCUUUGGCAUAUACAAGUUCUUCCUCAGUAACCAGCAGCCCCAGCAGAGUUUUGGUGAUAGUGAUGGAUUUACUCGUCCUUCCUGGCAGAGUCAUCAGGCACCUCCUCCUCCUGGUUUUAAGUCCAGCUUCACAGAAGACAACGGAUUUGGGACUCGUUCCAGUCAUGAAACCAAUUCCGGACCAGGAUUUUGGACUGGAUUAGGAGCAGGAGGCUUGCUAGGCUACUUGGCUGGCAGUCAGAGAGCACAGCCACGCUCCUCGUAUUUCAGUACAUGGGCAGAUCCCACAGCUGCACCUCCAAUGCAUGGGCAGUCCAGCAAUUGCACACAAGGCAGCAGUACAAGAACUGCAUCCGGAUUUGGUGGCACAAAACGGAGAUGAAGUCCUUGCUGUUACUGCAUCUGAGUGAUAGGACUAAAUCGUCUUCCUCUGUACUAGCCCCCUUUUCAUUAGCAGUAGCAGCUGUGAGAUGUGAAGGACUAGGUAAAUAACUGCUCUCUCUCCCAUGUGGAAAUGUGGACCUUCACUAUUGUUUACUCGUAAUGGAGCAUUUGCUAUCUCACCACAACAGCUUCUUCUUGAAAAAUACAAAAUAAACUCAUCCUGAUUGGGGCAAAUUAUGUUACGGUUGCUUAUACGCGAGAGAUUAUGGUAAUCAGUUUACUGUUCUGGGCUUAAUUUCAUUUAAUACAGAAUUUCUGUGGGUUUGGUUGUUUUGUUUGGGUUUGUUUUUUGUAAUCCAGAGUCUGAAAAUGUCUAAUCAUGCUAACACCUACAGGUUGCUGUUCUUUGAAACUACUUUUGCAUGUCUUUUAAAAUUCAUGUGAUUAUUAUUCUAAGAGCAAUCAGCUAGUCAGACAAGGUUUUCCUUAGUGGAAAAGAGUAAAGCUACGCAUCUAGAGAGAACAAUGUUAAUGUUUCUCUGUGCUGUGUGAUUAUUGGAGCCAAGACAUGUAGACUUAAGCUACAUUGUGUUUUAGAGUUUAUCUACGUGGCCAUGUAAAUCCGCGGUGCUUCCAGUGUGAAUAUAGCCUGAAGUGAAACAAUAUGGUCCAUGGCCCAGAGGUUUGCUGGAUGCCCUGUCCUUGGAGACAUUAAAGGCCAGGCUGGACAGGGCUCUGAGCAACGUGAUGUAGCUGUAGGUGUCUCUGUUCAUUGCACAGGAGUUGGACUACCUGACCGUUAAGCAUCCCUUUCAACUCAAACAAUUCUAUGAUUCUUUGUCUAAUUUGGAUUUUUAUUCUGGAAGACUGAGGUCAUUUAAGCUAAGGUGACUGCAGAUGCUUUGCUCCCAUUGCCAUUUUCUUCUUACUGCGGGUGUUACUAAUGCUGUGAAAACAUAUGAUGUGAACUGGCUUAUUUCUCAGUUCCUGUCUUUCCUGCUAGAUGGCCUGUCCAGGGCAUGAUAAGCUGAAGAUGCUCAUUGCAAAUGCAAAGAGGGCAUAUUGGAAGGUUUUUUCUCGUGAGAAGGAGCAUAUGAUAAAUCUUUAUAGCCAAGUAUAGCAACGUAUUUUAAUUGUGGAGUUCUUGCUUAUUUUUAAUUUGAGCUGAAACUUAGUACAGUCAACGUUCUACUCACGAACUAAUUACUUAUCAAUGAAACUGGAUUUUUUUCUAAUUGGACAGUUUGAAGUGAUCUAAAUAAUUAUAUGUCAUAAAAUGUUUUGGAUGUUUUUUCAUGUCUAUUUAUAUCCUGUAUGAAGUUUGUUUUGAUACAUAAACCUGCUGAUUUGCACUAGUCUGCUGAACUUGUUUUAGGAUAUGCUUUUCCCUUCCAUUUGAUAAAGUAAUAAAAAUAAGUGAAUAAAGAGUAUUUUUGUAUUUAAA